UCUAUGUCGAUGAAUGAAUCCAUGCUCCACGACAAGAGCGUCGAGGAGCUCCGGAAGCUCUUGUCGGAUAAAGAUGCCUACGAGAAUUACCUCCAUUCGAUCGAGGAGGUGAAGCAAUUGGACAGUGACACGCUCCGGAACGAUUUGAAGAAGAGCAAUGUGACCCUUGCAAGACACAAUUUGGGGAAGGAAUCCGAGAUGGCUGAGCUUAGAAAUCAGUGUAUGAUCAUCAGAACGACCGAGUUGGCCACGGCACAGGAGAAGUUUUUAGACGCUCAAAGGCGAGAGAAAGAGAUAUUGGCAAGGAGCUCGCCAGCAUCAAUUCUAAACAAGCUUCAAGAGGCGGCCAAUGCGGCAGACGACGAAUCUGAGAGUUUGCAUCGCAAUUUACUGAGUGGCGAGCUUGAGGUCCCGGGGUUUCUCCAAAAGUAUAGGCAGCAAAGGGUUCUCUAUCACAGAAGAACAUUGCUUCGCUUGGCCGCUCUGGCUUGUUAAUCAGAUCGAAAACAUUAUACGUGAACCAAAGCAUAGAAUGUGUCGAAGAUAUAUGUCUGUAUGAUUUCCAAUGCUCCUUUCACAUAGAACGCUAAAAAGA